AUGAGGCUUUAUACGGCAGGAAGUGCAGAUCCCCUACUGGUUGGUUUAUGUUGGCAAAACUCGACUAAUAGCCCGGACAUGGUCCAACAAGCUAUGGAGAAGGUGAUGCUUAUUCAGGAAAGAUUAUUAGUUGCCUGGAGUCGGCAAAAGUCAUAUGCAAAUAAUCAACAUCGACCUUUAGAAUUUCAAGUUGCCUACGAGCUAGACUUAGCAGUGGAUUUAGAAGCAAUGCAUCCAGUCUUCCAUGUAUCAAUGCUUUACAAGUGCGUUGGUGAUCCAUACCGAGUAUAUCCCAUAGAUGAUAUCCAGGUCACAGAGGAUUUAUCCUACGAAGAGAAACCUAUCGCCAUCCUAGAUCGAAAUAUUAGAAGAUUGCGGACUAAGGAUGUAGCUUUCAUCAAGGUGCUGUGGCGAAAUGAGAAUCGCGAAGAAAUGACCUAG